CUAUACCCAAAAUUUUCUUAUCAGCCAAACCCAUCCCCCAUCACCACGACUUCCUCCUCCCCCCUACUCUUCCCCAACCACUCUCACACCCUCCCCUCGGAAACCAAACAAAUACAUAAAAAUGCCCCGCGCCCUCAAACACCACGAAAAGAAACUCCUCCGCAAAGUCGACUUCCACGUCUACAAAUCCGACAACAACCACCGGGAAUCUCAAAUCCGCACGCGCUACCACCUGCAAGACCCCCUCGACUACCGCAAAUACAACCAGCUAUGCGGAUCCCUGCGCCAGCUCGCGCACAAGCUGUCUGAGCUCGACCCCGAGAGUGAUCCCGUGCGCAAGAAGCUGGAAUCCGAGGUGCUGGAUAAGUUGUUCCGCAUGGGGAUUCUGAAGCAGAGUCGCGAACAGGGGGCGGGACUUUCGAGAGUCGAGAGGGAGGUUACGGUUAGUGCGUUUUGUAGGAGGAGGUUGGCGGUUUGGAUGACUAGGAGUGGGAUGGUGGAGAAUGUUAAGACUGCCGUCACGUUCAUCGAGCAGGGCCAUGUUCGCGUCGGGACAGAGGUCGUUACGGAUCCGGCGUACUUGGUUACGAGAAAUCUGGAGGAUUUCGUGACGUGGGUGGAUAGCUCCAAGAUUAAGAGGAGUAUUAUGCAGUAUCGGGAUAAUUUGGAUGAUUUUGAUAUGUUGUGAUACCACUUUAUCUAUUUCACAUUUGUGGGUGUUGUUUUGGAGUUCAUGGAAAAGUGUGUGCGUUAUUCAUGUUAUUGCUAUGUUAAUUUUGUGUAUUGAAUAAUGCAUAUGGUUUACGGUGUCAUGUCUUGGGUAUACUG